AUGCGUGAAUUUGAUGUGAUAAUGGACAUGGAUUGGCUAGCUGCUAAUCAUGCCAGCAUAGAUUGCUUCCGUAAGGAGGUCAUCUUUAACCCUCCUACAGAAUCUAGUUUUAAGUUUAAAAGGGUUGGGACUGUGGUCCUACCCAUGGGAGCUACAGUGUUCUCAAAGAUUGAUCUUCGAUCAAGAUACCAUCAGCUGAGGAUAAGGACAGUGAUAUACCCAAGCAACCUUCUGUUUGAGACAGAGGCGAGCAUGAAAAGCAUUUUUGAAAAGUUUUGGAAAUGUUGGGUUAAUAAGUUGUAUGCUAAGUUCUCCAAAUGGACGGCGAAUGUAGUGGCAGAUGCCCCAAGUAGAAAGGUAGCCAAAUCAACAGCCGUCAUUACCCGACAGACUCAUUUGUGCAAGGAGCUAGAGUGGGCAGAGAUUGCAGUGGCAGUGGGGAAACUCACAGCACAGUUAACACAGUUGUCAUUGCAACCGAGUCUAAGGCAGAGAGUUAUUGAUGCACAGCGGUGUGACCUUUAUCUAGAGGAGAAGGUUCGUAGGGUGAAGUCAGGCAAGCAUGGUGAAUUCUCGUUCCCUAUUUUCGAUUCAUCCCGAAAGUACCAAGAUGUACCAGACUUGAAGCGUUAUUACUGGUGGAAUGACAUGAAGAGAGAGAUUGUUAAGUUCUUUAGUAAGUUCUUGGUGUACCAGCAAGUGAAAGCCCUGAGACAGAAGCCAGCAGGCAUGUUACAGCCAUUGAAUGUGCUAGAAUGGAAGUAG